GGAAGUGACACAUUUGGUAAAGCAGCUUCAUUCGCGUGACACAAGAAGGCAGUUUUGCCCUGAGAACCACUGGCUGUCWGAGAAAGUUCACAUCGAUCCAAACCAAAUGAGAAUUGACGGGUUCAUGGACGACGAGGGAACCACAGAGGGUGUAAUACAGUUGGGAAUGUCAGCCAUGACAACAAGACAAAUGUCUAUUCUUCAACACAUACCUUUUGUUGUGCCAUUCAGGGAUAGAGUCAUGCUUCUACAACGUAUUAUCAACAAAGAUCGAAACUACGCCCAAGGAGAAUUGCAAAAUUUCAUGAUGGGUCCAUCGAUUGACAUCACUAUUCAUAGAAAGUACUUGUAUCAAGACGCCUUCGAUGCUCUCAGCGAAGAACGAGCACCAAAUCUAAAGCAAAGAGUUCGCGUCAGACUUAUAAACGACCAGGGACUUGAAGAAGCGGGUAUCGACGGCGGUGGCCUUUUCAGAUAA